UUUCCAACAUGGCGUCGGAGCUUAUGGGAGCUGCGGAAUCGCAGGACCAAGUAACUCAUCCCGGUUUCAGCAGUGACAAAUACUCAAUGGUGAUAAUAAUCGGCGCAAUCUAUCGGCCAAAUAUACUGGACUACGCCGUUGUGGAUAUUGAAAGAGGAAUCCGUUCAUGGGAUGUGGACCUAACUAUAUGUAAUUUGGAUGAACAACUUAAACUCUUUGUUACUCACUAUUCUUCUCAUUCCUCUACUGAUGUUAAAGGUCAACAGAUAUUUCAGUAUAGUACAAGUGUUCUCAACUCCAAGGUUGUGGUCAAUCCCUCAGAAGAAGUUGUCUGCUCAGAGGUUCAUAGCCUGAUGUGGGACACAUCUCAACACAAGCUCCUUGUGCUCGUGGGACAGUCUCUAGAGGACACAGGAGAUGUAGUCCUACACACAGGACACUUCAGUCCAAAUCAGUUCACUCAGAUCUUUGCUGAUGAGAAGCAGAUUCGACCAAUCCUGGAUUCUAUAAACACGUCUAGCAAAGCAAGCCUGACCCUGAGUUGCCCCAAGAUUGGAAAAUGGAAAAACUCUGUUCUUGGGAAGCACAGUACACAAGAUAUAAUAGACAUUAAGGUAAACCCUCUAAUGGUGCUACCCAAAAUGGGGGGCCUUCAGGAGUUCACAGAUCAUCUUUCCAAGACCCUUGAGUCACAGUCUCCAUUUGACCUCCUUGAGCCCCCAAGCACAGUGGGUUUUCUGAAACUAUGUCGCCCCUGCUGCUACAUCUUUCCAGGUGGGAGAGGGGACUGUGCAUUCUUUGCAGUCAAUGGAUUCAAUGUCCUGAUUAAUGGAGGGGCAGACCCAUGCUCUUGCUUCUGGAAGCUGGUGAGGCAUCUUGACCGUGUUGACUCCAUUCUGCUCACACACCUUGGGACAGAUAACCUACCAGGGAUUAACAGCCUGUUUGAAAGGAAGGUUGCAGAGCUUGAGGGGUAUAACUUCUCUGCCUCCAUGAAGAAUGAAGAAUGGCUUAGAAAUUUAGUCUCUCCAGAGUUAGGUGUAGUUUUUCUCAAUGCACCAAAAAAGUUGAAAAAACUUAAUGGUGAUCCAAAUGUAUUACAAAGUAGUGAUCAAGCAGCCUUUACCUUAUGUCAUCUGGAGAAGCUUAAAAUCUCACCAGAACCACUACUUCGCAAUUCCAUUGGUCCUAUAGAACCAGUAAUUCUUUUUCAGAAGAUGGGAGUGGGGUGUCUUGAACUAUAUGUCCUUAACCCAGUAAAACACAGCAAAGAGUUUGAAGCUUUCAUGCGCAGCUGGCCAGAGAGCAGCUCCAACCCCAAAGGCUCAGAGGCUCCCUUAACUUCUCUAGUCUCUAUUUGUACUUUACUUGUAUGGCAUCCUGCCAGCCCACAUGAAAAAAUUAUCCGGGUCCUUUUCCCUGGUUCUACACCACAAAGGAAGAUUCUAGAGGGUCUAGAGAGGUUGAAACAUCUAGAGUUUCUCAAGCGACCUGUAGUCUGUUCCAAAGACAUUGAAUCAUCAAAUUUAGAAAAGAACCCAAAACAUGUGGAGAGCCAGGAUGGCCUAAAGUCUGGAACCAAGGAAUCCAGGAGAGGUAGUGCUGCUUCAAAGGACAGAUCAGCCUUUGGAUAUUUAGAGCCAAAGAACAAAGCCAAAGGAGUGAAUGGUAAUGACUCAACAGGUGAAGAAAGACUGAGAUAUGUGAAAAAUGGUGGCAAACUAAAACUCCCCAAACCUGAAAAAACAGUUACAAGGAAGGAGUCUUUUAAGGACAAUAAACAAGAAGUAAAGACUAGUGUAUCUGUGUCAAAGAAACAAGAAAAUGGGCAGAGGAAAAUGGCAGGUAAAAAUGGUUCUGCUGUUAACAUAUCAAAGGCUGAUUUAAAGAAUGAGCAAAAACAAGAUGUAAAGACAGAAGAGAGAAAAAAUAUUUCUUCAGGAAAAGAUGCAAAAAAAGCCAUUCCUUUAGAUCCAGUUAAGUCAGCAAAUGCAAAGAAAAUGGAAACAAAAGUAAACAAGGGGACAGAGGACAAAAUAAAAAACAACAAAUCUAAAAAGGAACAGAAAAACCAGAAGCUUUCAGGUGAUAUGGAGGGUCCAAAUCACUUAUUAUUUUCUUCUCCUAAAAAUAUGGGAUCAGAUUUUCUAGAAAUAGAUCAAAAUCAGACAAAUAAUUUCCCUCCUACUGAAAACAUUGACCUCCCCUCUUUGGAUGAGGAAGAUCCAAAGAAUGACCUUGAGAGUCUAGAGAGGUUAGGAUGUAGAGAAACUUUACCGGACCAAAGCAAAACCAUUGAGGCCUCUGCCUUCUUUGUCAAGACUCCAAAAAGUGAUCAUAGUGUGCAUCUCGACCUCACACCAACUGAGUAUACUUUACUUGAUGGUGCUUUGAAAGACAGUCUUUCCAAAUAUGGAAAUGAAGUCUGUGUCAGCCCUGACGAGAAGACCCUCGAGUUGAAUUCUCCGGAAUCUGGACCAAAAAGUGCUGGCCAUACGCCCUAUCACCUGGCCUCUGAGGAGACCUGGGCCUCCAGAGACCACAGCAGCCUAGGAGCUAAGAUGUGCUUAGGGUCUGAGAGUCAGGACACAGGAUCCUGUAAACAUUCUGGAUUUCCAGAAUGUCCCAGAAGUAAUCAAGAUAGCAAUUCCACCUCCUCAAAAGAGAAACACUCCAGCUUCUUGUCACUGAGUUCUUUCAAAGACAUUGCACCUGAUAUAUCCCCAUCUGUAACUACCACUCACUCCAUGCCUGCAGAAGUUAGCUCACCACAGUCCACUGAGGUUGAUGAGUCUUUGUCAAUGUCCUUUGAACAAGUACUUCCAACAGUCAGUGAAUCCACUAAUGAGCAUGAGACCUUGUACUCUAAUGGACAUUAUAUAGAUUCUGAUUUCAAAGUAGGGAUGUCUUUGUCUUUAAAGAUACCCCAUACAAAGAUGGUUAUAAAUGAUGGCCUGGAUGGAUGUCCAGCUGGACCGCAAAACCUGAUGUUUGACAUGGCACAUGAUGUUGAUCUGUGUUUGGUUUCUCCAUGUGAGUUCAAGCAUUUUAAACCUGCUGAGACGCAGCAGCCACCCUCACCUGGACUUACCACUACAAGCCCUCAUGAUCUCUCAGAUGACAGUGACCACUCACAGGAGGUGACAAAGCCCCUGCCACUGACAUUCAUAGGUAGCAAAAUCACUUGCCCUUCCCAAGACACUCCUAUCACUUCUGCUAGUGACUACUUCCCAAAUACCUCUGAUUUGGACAUGUAUCCUGGAAUAGAGGAAUUCCCCACCAUCACUAUGGAUAGUGCAUUAGAUUCUGAUGAGGAAGCUGGUGUGCAUCUAUACUCUCAGAACAUAAAUGAGGGCUUAAAUACUCAAACAAUAAAUAAGUCCCCAACUCAUGACCCUCUGCCAGUCCCUGUGAAGGACUUGCCACCUCUUCCACCCCAGCCAGGGACUUGCAUGCCUGAUCCUAGGAAAAAUGUCAAGAUAGGUGCUACAAGGAAAGAGAAAACACUCGGUGUAACACAGAGGAUGACAUCUACUAGUUUAGUGCAAGCCAGCAAAACCAUGACUGGAAAUCAAGGUGGAUCAGUUAGUAGUGUGAGGUCAAAUUUCACUGUGGACUCUUCAGUAUCACACUCUACCCCUUCUGCUCCAAAAAGAUUAAGUUCAGCAGCAGGUAACAAGGGUGGCACCUUUGUGUAUCUGGACCUUGCAUAUCUCCCCUCUGGCCAGGCAGCCUCCACUGUCGACUUGGAAUUCUUCUGCCGCUUGCGAUCGUCCUGUUACAUCAUAAGUGGGGACGAUACUAUAAAAGAAGCCAUGAUAAGGUCUGUUCUGGAUGCCUUACUGGAUGGCAAAUCCACAUGGCCUGACCAUGUCCCGGUGACUUUAAUUCCCACAUUUGAAUCGGUGAUAAUUCAUGAGUGGUACCAACAGACACGAGACAGGCAGCGGCAGUUGGGCAUCACUGUAUUGGGAAGCAACAGCACAGUGGCCAUGCAGGAAGAGACAUUUCCUGCCUGUAAAGUGGAGUUUACAUUCUCUCCUUAGCUCUUAAAUGCAAAGAACAUAGAACAUAUCCACACCUUCACAGUUUUACCACUCAAGUAAUAAGAAUAGGUUUAUAAUGCUGUUGCUGACAUGAUUUUAAAUAUUGUCACAACUGGAAAGAUCAUGCCUAUGAUACAUAAUGCCUACAACUUGUUAGAUAUUUUAGGUUAGCAAAUGUUAAUACUGGGUACUAGCUCACAACGUGGAUAAUUUUUCCAUCUAUAUCUUGCAUGAAGUUUUUUUUUUUACUAAAUAUUUUUUUGGAGAAUAAUGUAUGUUUUGUUGAUUUUGGAAAAGGACACAUGAGAGUAUAUUAUUACAAUUGCAAAAAUAUAGCGGCAAAAUUAUCCUGCCACAAUGUAAUUUGGCAUAAAUAGAAUCAAAACAAUUUAACUUUUAUAAAGCCAAACUUUAUAAACAUUCUUCCACUCAGAUAAAUAUCUCCACCUAAAACACAUUCAUGUGUGAAUAAUUGCAGUGAAAGAUACUGGGGAUCCAAGCAGAAGGCAACAAUAUUUUUGGUAACCAAAUACAUGAAAAAAUGCACAAAUCCAUAGCAAAUCUUAUAAAGAAAAUUGCUAUAUAUUAAAACAACAACAACAACAAAUAAAUGAAAGUAAACACAGUCAGUAAAAUUGAAAUAAAAUACAAUAUUCAAGUCCUAGGGAGUGCAAGGAAGGCUUUCAUUGGUGAUCCACAGUCAAAACAUCUCAAAGGUAUUCCAGAGAAUGAGUCCCACAGAAGCAGGGCUCAGUUUGAGGGGGGAUGUGAGGGAAUGCUAUCCUCCCAGUAAAAAGGAGACAAUAAACAUCUCCUUGUAAAACUUUAGUCUGGCAUUUGCAUCCCUGUUUGAUUAGUCACAUAUAUUGCCUAUUGCUGAAAUUGGAAUUCAGUCUAUAUCUGGGCAAAAUGGUAACCUCUGUGUUGAAUACAAACAGUAGGGGGAAAUCUGACAACUUUGCUCCCCUGUACAGUGGGGUUGGUUCAGCAUGUGCCACUGCUGUAAUUCAGAUUCAGAUACUCCCCCCACCCCCCACACAGAUUUCUGAAUACUCAUUUAAGAAGUCUUCUGGGAGUAGACAGUAAGAUAUGCUUCUAAACAUCUUGACUGGGUUUCACAAAACUAUUGAUCUUUUUUGUGUAGUUCAUAAUCAUUGGUCCUGUUUAAAUCACUGCAGAUUUGCAGUCCGUACUUAGUAGAGAGUGUUAUGACUUGCUAUAUGAACAGAAAUAAUAGUUAACAAUCCAGUACCUAAAUAAAGAGAACCCUUUAACCUUUCAUAACCGAACUACUGUCAGAAUAUAUGAUCUUUUUUUUGCAAUGCUCCUCCUAAAAGUAUUCAUUGUAAUUUUCUGGCACUACUUUUGUAAUACUUGACCUGAGGACGCCAUGUACUACAAACAGUUGUCUCUCUGCUCUGAAAUAUCUGACUCAGUUUAUGAAGUGCUUGAUAAUUAGCUGAUGAUUUGAAAACACUGAAUAAUGCAUUGCAGGGGGACUUGAGGGCCAGAAUUGGAGGAUGAAAAAAAUAUAGGGGAAAAAAAUAGGCAAAAUCUGAACUUUUGUGCUUUCCAAACUAAGUGGACCUUAAAGUAAGUUUAUGCUGAAUUUAAAUCUGUUUUUAGAAUUCUUCAAUUACAUUUGUCUUUUUAAUGACAGGGCACUUACGUUAAUUUACAUUAAAAUUGUGGAUUUCUCCCUGCUGAGUGCUUUGUCAUCAAAUAGAAUUCCUCCUAGCCAGUACAAUAGGAUAGAGUCCAAGAAACCAUUGAACUAACAUACUGCUAGAUACAGGAAUCAAUGCUAAUAUCUAGAAAGAAUUACAAAAUGAGAAUGACAAAAGCGCAACACCAAACAACAUAUGUAAGACUGUUCUUUCACUUAACAUAUGCAUAAAUGUACUUUUAAAAUAUACAGUAUGAUUUUUGCUUAUAUUUGGCCUCAGGAACAUCCCUCUUCAGCAUAAAGGGGAUCCAGUUUAUAUAUAUGAUGUAGAGAGAAGUAGAGAGAAGCAGCAUAUUUCGGACAGAGGUCUUUCAUCUGCUGUGCAAGCAGAGCGGCUGAAAUAUUCUGCUUCUCUCUACAGCUCUACAUCUCUUACUACAGUAUACUGCAAUUACUCACCUGGACUCUUCUCCAAUAUAUCUGUGUUUAUGUAUGUACUGGAACAAAAAAAACUAUAGGGUGAUAGAGAAAUUCUGAAAACAUUUGUUUCAGUGUGCAAAAAUACAUAAUAAAAGGUAUAUGACAGGAUCAAAAUCAUUGUUUUGUGUUAUAGCUAAAGUAAGGAAUUAUUGUUUUAUUGUUCCAUUGUUCCUGUCUCAUGAAUUUUGGAACUUGCUUGCUUUGAGAAUGAACUGCCUAAAUAUGGUCAAGUGUAACAACAAGUGUAAGUUCUGUUAUGUGCCAACUGAGUUAUGUUAUAUAUCACCUACUGUGUAUAUGUAUGUACUUUAACUGUUAAGUUCCAAGAUUUCUCACUGCUUAAAUUAACAAUAAACACAAAGGCUUUUUAAAAAAAUAUGCUAUAUACAGAAAAUUAAAGCCCUGUGUUGCAUUGUUGAAGACUAUAAGAAAUAUGUAAUAUAUCAUCACAGUAUAUAUUAAUUUAUUAAAAUGUAAAAAUGAUGUUUAAAUGUAAAAUUUAAGUGUCCAAAAAAGAGCAUAUUAUUAGUAAAACCACAACAACUCUAAAACAAAGCCACCAAACAAACAAAAACAAAGAUUGGCGAUUCUUAUAAAGCACUCUGGGGCUUUUUUGCAUGAAGGCAUCAUUAUCCAGUGAACAUUUCUGAUCUCAGUAAACGAUUGUGGAUGGACUGAAACAGCAGCAAUAUCAAAUAUGCAAUGGGAUUAUGUAUUUACAGAGGUUAUGUUUCAGUGUGCUUACUUCAUAUACACAAAAUCAGUGACUCUGAACAUUCAUGUGCUUGAAACCCCUCUGGUAUAGAUUAACUCAGGUUUUCUCUCUUUCAAUGAUGCACACAAAUGCUUCUUAAGUGUUUAUAGCUCUUUGUGGUGAAUCUUCAGCCUUUUAAGUGUGACUGUAUGAGUCUAGUGCACAGUUCAUUAGCGUUACACUGGGUAAUAGUGAGCAGGAACACUGAGGAACUGUUAUUAUAGCAUAUAAAGGUUUUGUUUUAUAUCAUAUAAAAGUAUUGACAUCUGGGCCACACUAAAAGAGUGUGGCUAAUUAAGACGUAGCUGAAUAAAUCUGUUCCUCAAUAUUCCUUAUAAAUCAUUGCUAAUUUGUAAAUGAGAAAUUAAUUCUAGCACAUUAUGCAAGUUAACGCAUGCAAAUGAAUUCCAGCUGAGUGGUGAUUCAUUAAAACCCACACUUUUAUUCUUGCUGACAAACCAAUAAAAGCAACAAAAGUGAUAAUGUACA